GAUCAGCAUUAUUUCUUUGGCUCUAAGGAAUUGGUAAAGAGAUUGGCUUCUGCACCUGCAUUAAAUAAUAUCUUGAAUGAUCUGCAAUAAAUAAAAGAUGGUACAUCAAGACUUUGACGAUCCUGUUUCGUUGCUAAAGGAGAGCGUGGAUUCUGUAGAAUGCGCGUCAGCCAUGAUUUUGGGCGUCCAUAAUAGAUGCUCUUUUCAAGUUACGCUGAAAAUUGACAAAACAAAACUAUACACGGCAACAGCGCCCACAGCAGCUCUAGCUAAACGUAAAGCCGCAAAAGAUGCGUUAAAAGACAUCCAACUAAACUCCAAUAAGUUCGAUAAGAAAUCUUCAUCUGAUGACAGCAAGUUUCUGGAAAGUGCUGCGACCGCUACAAAUGUUGGCGACGAGAUUCACUUUGCCCGACGUGAACAGAAUAUUCAUAUUCAAGAUGAAAAUGUUAGCCUCAUAAUAGAGCACCAACCUAUGGAAAAUGCUCGUGCAACAUUGAGAAGAGGAGGAGCGACCUUAAAUAACAACCUUAGAAAGCGGUUGAGCGCUUAUGAGUUGAAUUCACUUUCACCAAAAUCAAAAUCUAAACAAGCCCACCAUCCAACUCGUACUGGUGAUGGAGAUAUGAUUUCUGAAAUCAGUAGCCCAGAGUCACCACAACAUCCUCUGCCUAAGAAAUUAAAGAUUCUCUCGGUAGAAACUUUAGAUAAAGACGAAAGUAUUGUAUACUCAGCAAGUGCAGAGAGUUGUAUGAACAACACAGAUGUAGAGACUUUGCAAUGCAACACAAAUAAUUCCAUAACUAUAAAUAAUGAAUGCAACGACAGCGGCGUUUCCUUAACUCCGCAUACGAAACACACUAAUGAUGUAUCCAUUGAUUCUGAGUCUGACAACGAGAAUGUGGUGGAGUUAAUAAAUGAUUGCUUGGAUCAGAUUUAUGAAAAUAAUGCUACAAAUUCAUCGGAAUCCAUUAAAUCUAUUGAAUCUAUUGACUAUAAAAAUGAAGACAACGAUAACCACUGCGAAAUUAAUGAAAGCAACUCUCGAAUUGAGAUUGAUCUCUCUUCUAUGGAAGAUACUUCUAGCUCUCUCGAUAGCGUAAUAAUACAGGAUGAAGUACAGAACACUAUAGAAACAGUCGAUUUGAGAGAUUUGGAUGAUAAUUCUAAUUCUCUCGAAAGUAUAGUUAUACGGGAUAAAGUUGUGCAUAAUAAACCUCUGGAAACAGGCGAUAUAGAACUAGAAGGUCAAAAUGCUGCUAAUAAAGAUCUCGAGGAAAUUAGACACACAAAUUCAGAAACUAGUAACACUAAAAGCAACAUUGUUAACCAAUCUUCAAACACUAGUCAAAAUAGUGUUAACACAGACCAUACAGUAGAUGACUUGGACGAGGAUGUACUUGUAUAUAAAAGUAUUGAUGUGCCCAAAAGUGUUAUGCCUAGUGUUACUUUACCUAAGACUCAAGGAUCGAAAAACUUGGUUAUAAAUGCGAAAAAGCCAUUGAUACGAUUGGCAAAACAUCCAUCGCUAAGUGUAAACAGAUCCGUAAAAGGUCCCCAAACAUCUGGUCAUUCACGUUGGGUUCAACUUUCCCACAUUUCAAAGGUUAGCGAAUUGUCAUCGCACAAUUACAUUAGGAAUGAUCGCAACAAAAGAUAUGACCGAACGGCUGAAUCUGUCGAUACAUCAAGUCCAAUAGAGCGCUUAUAUGAAAUAUGUCCUGGCAUAAGUUACAAUUUAGAAGCGGAUAUGAGCACUGCUGAGAAAAUGUUCAUUCUCAUGUCUGCAACGUUUAAUGAUAGAAAAUAUUUUGGACAAGGUGAGAGCAAAAAACAUGCAUGCAUUGAGGUGGCUAAGCAUAUCCUGGAGGCACUUUAUGCUAUUGUGCCACAAGCUCAGGGUGUUAAGGAAAAAGCCGGUUCUGGUCAAGAACGGUUGCGAGUUAUACCACGGCCCAUUAAUUCACGUGGUGAUUUUUAUCAAGAAUCUUUUGGCCAGCCCGAUCUCUAUAAGUGCACACUUCGUUUGCCACAAAGAGAAGCAGAUAUGGUGGAAAAUUUAGUUCUAAGUCGAUAUGAACAACUUGUUAGACCCUGUCCGCAAUUUGCCAACUACAAAUCAUUGGCCGCUAUUGUAAUGACCCGCAAUUUAGACUUUGAGAAUGCCAACGUUAUAGCGGUUGCUACAGGCACUAGGUGUCUCGAAAGUCGAAACAUUGAUCGCAGUGGCCGUGCUUUGAAUGAUACCCAUGCAGAAGUGAUGGCCAAACGUUGUUUGAUGCAAUACUUGUACACUCAGCUGAAGAUUCAUUGUGACCCCCAAUGGGAGGAGAAUUCUAUAUUCGUCAGAAAUCCAAGUGGACUUCAAUACGCAUUCUCACUGAAAUCGGAAAUACAUUUUCAUCUUUACUCCAGCACUGUGCCAUGUGGUGAUGCAGCCAAGCAUAAUGAUGAUACCCAUCCAUAUAACUGGCAUGGAAAGCUGCGCACCAAGGUGCAUGGCAGUAGGUUUACCAAACCUAUACACAACCAAUUGGUACCGCAAAUUUGGAACGAUAUCAAGCAUGGUGGGCGACCAUUGUACAUUAUGUCGUGCUCAGAUAAGAUCGCCCGUUGGAAUGUUUUGGGUAUACAAGGUUCGUUGCUGUCGAAUCUCGUUGAGCCCAUCUACCUGCAUUCCAUUGUCUUGGGCACUGCAUUCAACACACCGAAUGUUUAUCGAGCCUUGUGUGGUCGGUUGGAGCAGAAACUAAAUUUUCUUCCAAAGCCAUACCAUUUGAAUCGACCCUUAUUGGGACAAACUUCAUUUAGUCGAUGUCGUCGGACUAGGGAAACUCCAAAUUUUGGUAUGAAUUGGACCUUGGGUAAUAAAUGCAUAGAUAUUGUAUCACUUUCAACGGGACUGCUUGUAAACAAUGGAACUUCGCACCUCUCAAAGAAAGUUUUCUUUUCGAAAUACACAUUUCUAUUGGAACAAUUGCCUAAUCUAAACAUAUCGCCAUGCCCCCAUAACUAUGGCGAAGCCAAACAGACUGCCAGAGAUUAUGGAAUUGCAAAACAGGAAUUAUUCGAUGCCUUCCAACAUGCUGGCCUUGGAUGUUGGAUUAAAAAGCCUCCCGAGCAAAAUGAUUUCAAUGUGGACAUUAGAAAUAGAGCAAUUUUUAAUAAGUGGUAAAACUAGCAAAUGGAGUUGGACCCCUUUUUUACCUGUUUAUGUGCCUUUAUCUUCCAACAUACAUGUGUGGUUUUGUUAUUUCUCCAGAAGACUUUAAUACCAAAUUACUUUAUAAAUCCCUUGAUAAUAUGAAAGACUUGAAUAAUUAUUUGUUUUGUUAUUAUAAAUCGCUAUUGAAAUGCCCAUAUAAUUUUUUUAUAUAUUUUUUUUUGUGAGUUUAUAUUAAUAU